AUGGCAAAUCGAACCGUUUCGGACGCGAUUGCGGUGCAUGGAACGAAUCCCCAAUAUCUAAUUGAAAAGAUAAUCAGGACCAGAAUUUACGAAUCUCUUUACUGGAAGGAGUCAUGUUUUGGUUUAACAGCUGAAACCUUAGUUGAUCGAGCAAACGACUUAACCUCUUUUGGAGGCCAAUAUGGUAAUCAGAAGCCAACCGAAUUUCUUUGUUUGACUUUGAAGUUGCUUCAAUUGCAGCCAAGUAAGGAAAUUAUAUUAGAAUUUAUUCGGAAUGAGGACUUCAAGUAUUUGAGAGCUCUUGGAGCGUUCUACCUGAGACUCGUGGGAACAUCGUUGGAAAUUUAUCAAAACCUUGAACCACUGCUGAAUGACUAUCGAAAGUUGCGGAAGCGGGCAAUAGAUGGAGAAUUUGUGAUAGUGUGCAUGGAUGAAUUUGUUGACGAACUAUUACGUGAAGAUCGAGUAUGUGACACCAUAUUGCCGAGAAUUAUAAAACGGUACGUGUUAGAGGAAAAUAAAGAACUGAAGCCGCGAGAGAGUGUUCUUGAAGCACUUUUAGACGAUGAGGAUAUGGAUACUUCUACUCAUGAGGAAGAUUUAACAUCUGGAAUUGAUGAAGGGAAACAACCUACCAAUUCUGAAAUAAACAGGGAAAAAGAUAAACGUAAGAAUAAAAAUAGCUCUGGGAGUGAAGAGUCAAGAAGUAGAUCUAGAACUCCCAGAGGAACGGACCGAUGUAAGUAA